UCGAAAUAUAAGCCGCAAGCCGACUUUCGCAGCUGUUGAAGCUUUAUCAAAUGGUGUCGGAGUACGUUCAUCGCCAGAUGAGUUUAGAGCUGCAGGAGAUGGACAGCCGCCCUUCGACCUCAGAUCGGGCGCCCAGCACUCCAGGCACAGCGACGGCCAUAAAUACCCCCGAUCAGGAUCAGUUCCCGCAACAUGCUACUCAGCCAGACACCGUCAGUCUUAGCUCUGACCUCGAAUCCAUAUCGAGCGACAGCGAAAAUGAAGGAGAUGAAGAUGGCAUCCGCACUGUGAAAGGCAAGCUGCCUGACGAUGCAGUAGAAGGAUGGCCACAGUUGGCUCAGUUGAUGGCAGACCAACCAGAGUUUGCAGCUUUUCCUCGAUUUCGUGACCUAAACGUCAAGAGUUUGCUGUACUAUCAAGUCGAGCUUAAUAGCCUACGAAAGAAACUCCACAGGCUGGAACAUGCCGAUAAAGCUCACCCACGGAACCAGGAUUAUUCACUGUACGCUGACACUCUGGUCAACGAAUCGAACGCCUCAGAGCAGCUCAAGACCAUGAAAACCAUCCGUGGGGUACUGAAAGAGUACAACGAGGCUUUGCUGCAGUACUCAAAGGUGUGCGCACUGCCAGACCCCGAGCCGUUCAAUAUGCGCACACUUCGUGGAUGGUUGCGCCAUGAACAUGGUGGCAACCUCAAUGUCCAAGACCUCGACGAUGGCGGGCCAGUGAAUACAUGGGGUCUGCUGAAAAAUAACCCGGACGAUGAAGAGAAGAGCCUCGGGUCACAAUUCCGCAGUCUUCUCUGCAGCCUGUUAUGGAUGCGCCGGCCAGAAAAGAGUAUGCAUGAGCCAGACUUGGCUCUCACUGCACCUCAAAUACAGGUUGACGGCUUGACACAUUGGUAUGCGUCCGAGUUAAUCCCGUUCCGUAGAUCUCUCAGUUCGUGGAAGGAGCGAAAGAAAAUGAACGUUACCCCAGAUCUCGAAAACACUGCCAGCCAAGAUACUGGGCAAGAUUACAGGGUUCAAACAACACCACCUUGGCCGAAGAAGACGAAGAAAGAGGACACAUUGGUUUCGUGGUCAGAGAACAGUGCCUUGAGGCUGACCUCCGGAAUCUCAACCGUGGUCGCAUGCCUCUUACCGGUCAUUGCGAUCUCCGUCUUGUCGCAACUACAGGGUUUAAAGGCGCUUCUCAUUUGUCUCGCUGGAUUCUCACUCGUCUUCGCUAUCGGUCUGAUUGCUUUGACGCAAGGUACCAGCAAGAGGACAGAAAUAUUCGGUGCUACUGCAGCAUUCUCAGCGGUCAUGGUGGUGUUCAUUUCGAUCCCGCCGGCGCCUGUCAUUAUGAUGCCUCCAGGCUCCGCUAUACCGUCAGUGUCCCCGAGCGCAGUCAUCUCGGCGCUGCCCACUGGAUGAUGGAUGUGUGCUCAUGGGUCGUUGUGCGCCUAUUCAAUGAAAAUACAUUGUUGCAGUUCAGACAGCCGCAGUGAAGUGAGGUCCGAGCCUGCGUUUGGCGUGACGGGGUUGCACCUACCCUCUGUUGCUGAGGCAGUCGCGCUUCGUACUUUCCGUGGCUGUUAAAGACGCCUAUCAUGAGGAGAAGUGCUGUGACCCAUGACCAACAGCCAAGGAGAUUGAGGUGCAGGCUUUGUUUGAGUCCACUGGUUAGAGAAGACUGUAGUGCGAAGCUGUCGAUACGGAGCGCUCACUGUGGCAGUGCGCAGCUCUGCGCAGGUAUGCAACGAAACACGAGAAGGUAAGCAGCAUAGCCGCACAAACCCUCGCAGAGCAAUCGUUCGUCACACACGCGUUCGUGUAGACAUUAGACUCUCGUAUCUAGUCAGGUACAGCCACAUCUCGGG